GCUCAUCAACAACAACGUACGUGUAAUAUUAUUUGUUAUUGAGUAGUGGUUGGUUUCGACAGUAUACUCACAGGCACUCAACUACGACAUACGACAUUAAUCAUCUCACGUAUAUGUUUAAUCCGCAAUCGUCGUAGACAUUAGAAAAUGAUUAUUUAAAUCUUAAUCUGUUUCAAGCUGGUUAAGAGUACUUUUUAGGACGAAAUCAGUUAUUGGCGUUUUUUGUUUAAAAUAUAGCUGAUAUGUAUUAUGAUAUGUCAUUCAGGCGUACAAGAAAACUAAGGUCGCGAAUGAAAAUCAUCAUUUAUAUCAUUGCGAUAUCCUAUCUCCUCGUAGCAAUAACAAACGCAGGAAGCCGGGUUUUCUUUGGCACUAAACGAUUGUUGUUGAACAGAAAUGGGCAUGAACGAGAAUGUUCAAAGAGCAUGGGGUAUUUGCCAUCUGGUGGUAUGAAGUUAGAGGACAUGGUUUUAGAUCCUUCCAGAGCUUUUGGAACCAGAAGAGGAGGCGAGAACAUCACUGAAGUUAAAUAUCAAGAUGAAAGUACGGAAUUUUUCAAUUUUGAACUUGGCGUUUUGAGAACACUAUGCAGAGGAACGCCUGGUAUGAUGAGACACUUGGAAAACCGUCCUCAUCAGGCAUCUGUGAAUGAUGUGACAAACGUAAUCACAGUGUCCAAUAAAACAGAGAUGGAAUAUAUGGAGAGUUUAGAGGGACUAACUGUUGGAAUUGUUCGUAUCGACUAUGCAAAUAUGUACUGGACCGUGAUAGAGCUGUACAACGCAUAUCUGAAUACCCGGGAAAUGAACAGAACUGCUGCCGAGACCACCAUUCUCAUCCUUGACGCCCAUCCAGCUACUGCCCUAGACGGAUUGUGGGAACUGCUGUUCAAGAAGGUCGUCAGAGUGGGAUGGUUGAAGAAAAAAACGCUCCUGGAGCAGUUUGUCCUUGUUCCCGAGUUGAAACCGGUGCCCAUUGUGCGCAAAGCCAAAUCUAUUCCUUACAUCGACGACUUACGUUAUGAUGUCUCUGAUCGUGCAGGAGGCUUUCUGGGCAGGAAACUAGCUUGUGGCAGGAUUAGGAUAACUGUUGUGUUGAGAAAUAACUACAUAGCCCAUCCACGAAACGUCAGAGGCAUAAUAGAGAGACAGUUUAAUAAUUCUGAUGAACUCAUUCAGGCGCUGAAAAACACAUUUCCUGAAACUCCUGUACAAGCCGUAGCGUUGGAGACUUUGACCAUCAGAGAACAAAUACAACUGAUCACGGAAACGGAUAUUUUGAUCGGUGUACACGGUGCAGGGUUAGCACUCACGUUGUUCCAGGUUCCUGGAACAGGGUUAAUUGAACUCUUCCCUCACAAGUAUAAACAACACAGAAAUAAUCACAUGGAACAGUUGGCUGUUUGGGGUGGUAAACUAUACAGUAGUUGGUAUAGUAACAACAAGUUUGCCCCCUCUGUGCACGUACCCCCACGAGUCUUGACGGAUAUGGUGCUUGACAUGAGCAAACUAGUGUGUGGAGGCACCUUAUAAGAUGGUAUUCAACAAAAUUAGAUUGAUGUGAAGUCAUACACAUUGUUUUAAGAAAGGAUUGGUGGCACGAACUUCACCCUUAGUUUAUUUCUCUAAAUACCUUACCUCAUGAUAUUAAACAAAUCAAAUGCAUAGAUUAAUAUUAAUGUUACGCUAGCCAAGUACGAAAUUAUAUGAGAAAUGAACUUCAGUAAGUAUCUUUUGUGCUUCAUUCGCUGAAUGUGUGACACAUCAUUAAAUCAGUAUGAGCAGGGCGUUGAUUAGAUUGUACUCAUGUGUUGAUAGCGAACUCAAGUAUGUGUUGUCUAUCAAGUCAUGAAAUGUAAUUGUAUAUCACAAAAAUAAAUGCCAGCUGUAAAAGAUG